UCUCAGUUGCGUUUGAACCAAGUUAAACCAGGAAAUAAGAGUUAACGUAAUUAGAGAAACAUUGGCGGUAAUAAAUAGAGACGAGAAAUUUAUAGAGAAAUACGAAAUAUCAGGUGACAUUGGUGUAAUGAUCAUUUCCCCAUCAGGCCCUUCAUCAAUAUUGAAUUGGCUUUUAAAGACUAAAGGAACAUGCUAUACAAACCAGAAGUAAUACUGUUUCUAUAACUCUAUGGGGAAUUACAGAGGUGAACAGCGACAUUUCUUUACUUCACUGUUUGGAUUGUGUGCAACAUGAAUUUGGAUAUAAAUUUGAAUAAAUUUACAAAGUAAUUUGCUGCUUCUUCAGAUAUCAGUGAAGAUUGCAGUUGAUGGAAGACGUAACAGUAGGAAAUAUGUAACAAAUAUAAGAACAAAAAACAAGAAAUCUAUGUGUAUAUUCUGGUGGAAGAAGAAGAGAUAAAGGAAAAUUAAUUAAUGUGAAGGACUUAUAAAAGGUUAAUUUUAAGUGAAGAUAUGCUGAAUUGUCUUUUAAAGACUAAAGGAACAUGCUGUACAAACCAGAUGUAAUAUUGUUUCUAUGAAUCUAUGGUGAAUUAUUGUGGAAUAUCUCAUAUGAACUGAUGUGAACAGCUACAUUUCUCUGUUUCACUGACUGGACUGUGACCAAGAUGAAUUUCUAUAAUAAUUAAAUUCAAAGAAAUUUACAAAGGAAGUCGGCAGUUCUUCAGACAAAAAAAAAAAAAAAAAAAAAAAAAAAAAAAGACACUCAGGCUGUUAUGUUGAUGAAGGUUCCAAUUGAUCCAUUCAAUAGAACAGCUUGCUACUGAAAUUAACGUGCAAGUGGCUGAGCACUCCACAGACACGUGUAUCCUUAAUGUAAUUCUCAGGGAGAUUUAGUGUAACACAGAAUGUGACAAGGCUGACCCUUUGAAUUACAUUUUUGCCAGCUGAGUGGACUGGAGCAAUGUGAAUUAAAAUGUCUUGUUCGUUCGAGGACACAAUACACUGCCAGGAAUCGAACUCAUGACCUUUAUGACCAUGAACCAAAUACUCAAUCUAAGAAAAGCACCUUCACUUCGCUUCUUUAGAUAUUAGUGAAGGUUGCAGUUGAUGGAAAAGCAUAACUGGAAGAUAUAAUAAUAUAACAAAUAUAAUAUUAAAACAAAAACAAGAAAACUAUGUGUAUAUCGUGAUGAGAAAUUAAUGUGAAGGUCUUAAAAAAAAAAAAGGGUAAAUUUUAAUGGAAGAGAUGCUGAAAGCGAUAAGAGAUUCACCAUUUCUGUGUGACAUUUGUAAUAAAGUAUUCUCUGAAAAAGGGGAGUUAACUAUCCAUAAACUUCUUCAUGAACCACAGAAAGCAUUUCGCUGUGAAAUCUGUGGCAUGUCGUUCGCUCAGGAAGAUGACUUACUUGCUCACAACCAAAUUCAUUCAGGAGAGAAGCCAUAUCAUUGUGAUGCAUGUGGUAAGUCAUUCUCUAUAAAAAAUGCCUUAGCUAGGCACAAACGAUUUUGUUGCGAUAUCUGUGGUAAAUCAUUCCCCAAAGGUGGCCAACUGACUAAACAUAGACGUAUUCAUAAAGGGGAGAAGCCAUAUCGCUGUAACAUCUGUCAUGCAUCAUUCUCUCAGAAGCAUCACUUGAGAUCUCAUAAGCGUAUUCAUACAGGAGAGAAGCCAUAUCUCUGUGAAGUAUGCGGUGUAUCAUUCUCUCAAAGUUAUCAUUUAAGAAAUCACAAACAGAUUCAUACAAAAGGGAAGCCAUACGGUUGUGGUAUCUGUGGUAAAUUAUUCUUUGAAAUUGGCCUUUUAACUGAACACCAGUGUAUUCCCACAGAAAAAUCAUAUCAUUGUUGCGGCAUCUGUGGUAAAUCAUUCUCUGAUUCUAGCCUAUUAAUUAGACACAGAUGUAUUCAUUCAAGAAAGAAACCAUACCAGUGUGAUAUUUGUGGUAAAUCCUUUUCUCAGAAACGUCGUUUCCAAAUUCAUCAAUACAUUCAUACAGGAGAGAAGCCAUACCAGUGUGAUAUCUGUCAGAAAUCAUUUUUUCAAGCAGGUGAUUUGAUAAAACACAAAGAUAUCCAUACAGAAGAGAAGCCAUUUCAUUGCGAUAUCUGUGAUAAACCAUUCUCUUUGGAAAGUUUAAAAUUUCAGAAAUCAGAUCAUACAGUUGAGCACACAUAUCACUGUGAUGUCUGUGGAAAAUCAUUCUCUCAAAAAGGUAACUUACAUGUACACAGACGGAUUCAUACAGGAGAGAAGCCAUAUCAUUGCAAUACCUGUGGUGAAUCAUUCUUAUAUAAAUACCAAUUGACAGGACACGAAUACAGUCACACAGAGUGGAGGCGCAAUGGCCCAGUGGUUAAGGCAGCGGACUCGCGGUCAUAGGAUCGUGGUUUCGAUUCCCAGACCGGGCGUUGUGAGUGUUUAUUGAGCGAAAACACCUAAAGUUCCACGAGGCUCCGGCAGGGGAUGGUGGCGAACUCUGCUGUACUCUUUCACCACAACUUUCUCUCACUCUUACUUCCUGUUUCUGUUGUGCUUGUAAUUCAAAGGGUCAGCCUUGUCACACUGUGUCACGCUGAAUAUCCCCCCCGAGAACUACGUUAAGGG